AUGGCAUUUACGGAACGUUGUGAGCAAUAUAAUCGAACUGUGAUACCAGAAAGUUGUACAUCACGACGUGACAUUAUUGCUCAUGAAUGCUUUGCUGCAUGCCUUCGAAUCGGUAAAAAUUAUUAUCCGCCAACACACUGUCCAGAAAUGGUACAGAAUGAUGACUGGUGCAUAGGUCCAGAAGUUCCUCGAGCAGAACUGCCAAUGGCAAAACGUGAUCUAAGUGCAAUCUUAGGUCUUAAAUAG